CGGUGUAUUUAUUAUACAUUUGAGUUGAGGUUAACUACUGACCGAACUUUAUCCAGCAUUUAUAAUUUAAUUAUUAUAUCAUUAGAAAACGUCCUCUACAUUUUAAGUGACUAUAAUGGCUAAACAUCACCCUGAUCUGAUUUUCUGCAGAAAACAGCCUGGCGUCGCUAUCGGACGGUUAUGCGAGAAGUGUGACGGUAAAUGCGUAAUCUGUGACUCGUACGUGCGACCCUGCACUUUGGUGCGAAUAUGCGAUGAAUGCAAUUACGGUUCUUAUCAGGGCAGAUGCGUAAUUUGCGGAGGACCUGGAGUUUCCGAUGCGUACUAUUGCAAAGAAUGCACCAUUCAAGAGAAAGACCGAGAUGGAUGCCCGAAGAUUGUAAACCUGGGAAGUUCCAAGACUGAUCUCUUCUAUGAGAGAAAGAAAUAUGGUUUUAGAAGGCACUAGCAGUAACUUUUUCUAGUUUAUGUAAACUAGAAAAAAAAUGGACUGAUGUGUGUUUUAUUUGUUUAGUUAAGAUUCAUAAUUAUUGUAACAAAUGGUGAAUUAAUCCUUUUGUGCUCUAUUGUUUUGAACAACUCUGAAACUCAAUUUUUCCUAAAACUUAUUAUUAUUAUAAUAAUUCCCAAGACUGUGUGACUACUGUAUGUUAUUCUAAGAAUAGAAUAACUAAUAUGGUACUACUUGCAUCAAAUAGUGUACAUUACAGAAAAAUAAGGUUGAAUGAGAAUUUUUGCAAGAAUAGAAAAGAAAUUAUCAUGAGCGGGGGACUUUGAACCUGCAUCUGUUUGUAACCAUAGCAACAGUUCUAUUCUUUCAAAAUUUCUCAUUUAUAAAGCAUCUCUAUGAUAUAAAACUAAAUAUUAAAUAAGGUUGAUAGUCAAUAUUUCUAAUUCGCGAAUAAAGUAUAGCUAUUGAUUAUUAUCAAGAUCUAUACUAUAUAUAAGUUAAUUAUAUCUAUAAGACUCGAGUCCUAAUCAAUUAUUAUCCUUGUUUAGAAAACUUUGCACAUUAGAAAUAAUGAAGAAAA